CAGCAGCAGCUCUUUGUUCACUCCGAGUUCAGUGGCACAUUGUUGCUUCUAUAAUUUAGAAAAACCCAAACAAGUUUUCAUUCAUAAAUUGGUUUCGUAGUAAAUGUUUCACUCAUUUGUUUUGCUGAGCAACUCAAACAUGUUUGGUGGUUACCCGUCAAAACCACUUUGGAUGUCAGUAUUGGAGGCACGGCUGAUUAAUUAAUCACCAAGAACUUGACCUAACAGUUUUACGUAUAUAUUAGAUAAUUUUAUUAAGUAAAAUAUUUGAAACUUUUAUUUGAGAAGUGUAUUUGGGGAACACCUUUCUGAGCAGGCAAUAAACCAGAAUGUCUUUAAUUUCUAAUCAACUUUUAAACAAUUUUUAAUUAACUCUGAAAUAUCAAAAAUGUCGGUGUCGAACCGUUUUGGUUGUGUGAUUUUUGGCCAAACAAAAUCCCCUACAUCCAAACAUCUAUCUUUCUUUGCGAAAAGAGAUUCAUAUAUAAAGAGUAUGGAAUGGAUAAGCAAAUCAUCAGUUUAUCAACAUCUGUUAAAAUUAUAACAACUCAAGUUUCCAAUUAAAACUCGAUCUCAGCAUGAACUUUUACAAGAUCUUCGUCUUCGUCGCCCUCAUCUUGGCUAUCAGUGUCGGACAAUCUGAGGCUGGAUGGCUGAAGAAGCUCGGCAAGAGAAUUGAGCGUAUUGGCCAGCAUACUCGGGAUGCCACCAUCCAGACUCUGGGAAUUGCUCAACAAGCGGCAACUGUAGUUGCCACAGUUAAUGGAUAGUACAAUACGAAAAUAAUUUAAUUUUACUAUGUAAUUUAAUUAGCUGACAUAUGCAUAAGUAUAAUAAAUUAAUUACAAAAAU